AUGUGUCGAUUUUUUUUUAAAUUUUUUACACUUCAUCAAUUAAUCGUCAAUAAAAUGUCCACUUUAAUUUGCUUUUAUUUUAUUUUUUAUUAUUAUUACUGAUGCACUAUUCACUAUUCUUCUUAUACUGUGGGGAAUUUUUAUGUAAUUUGACACAUAAUAUUUAUACGCUCAUCAUAUACUUGUAGUACGCAAAAUCUUGAACUUCAAAGUACUAAACUAGUACUAUAGCUCUUAAGUAAAUUUAAUGGAUAAAAAAUACAAUAUUCCCCACUGAAUUGUAAUAGAGAAGAAGAAUAAAGUAGUAGAAAAUGGAUAUACUCGAGCAAAAAAUGUAAUGUAAUUUUGUAAUGAAAGGGUCGCAAGGGCUGUUGACACUUUUAAAUGAACUCGACAACUAUUUGCACCUAUUUAGCUCAUUUACACUGGGCCGCAUGGUUGAGUCCAAAUAACUCUCAUACACACAUGAAGGCCGUGAACGCAGCAUAAGCUUAACUGUUAUUUAUUUUCCAACAUGUAGCUGUAUGAUGCCUGGUGAACACGCAGUUCAACAGUGAAAAUUGGACUACAGCAACUUUUUCUGACACAGUAGAGGAAGGAUGACAAACAUCUCACGAUAUCUUGUUAACCACCUGCUGACAUUCUCGCUCCAGGAUGGCGAUGUGCAUAGCGUUGAGGAAGCCCAGUCGCGCUUCUCUAUGCUGGCUCAGAACAAAAAGCUGUGGAUUCAACAGAUGUUCCUGGAUGUUGGAGCGCAGGCCGUUCAUCUCCGGGACACACAGAGCCAGGAUGAGCUAGAGUACUACUCUUUCAAAUCCAUCUACCGCUGCGACGCCAUCAACACAGAAAAACUCUUCCCAUCCCUGCUUCUGCUAGUCUGCCAAGGCGCCGACCAGAAGAAGCCGGACAUUCACUUCUUCAGCUGUGAGACCGUGAAGGCGGAGAAAAUUUGUGACGUCAUCGCACGCGCGGUUUCAGGUUCCUCCACCAACAGGAGUAAGAAGCUUCCUGAUGCCGUCAGGCUUCCUCAGAGCGGGGGAGAGAUGAUCGAUCCCUACGAAAUACCAAACCCCCCCAUCCCACAUGCUCCAAAUCCCCCACCAGCCAACCCUCCACCUUACCCUGGACCCAGAGCCAACGGCGUGAACGGCGGACCCGACGUCUCUUUCCUGCGAGCGGAGAGAGAAGUGGGGAUCCUCAAUCACUGUUUUGACGACAUUGAGAACUUCAUGGCCAAGCUGCAGCAGACGGCAGAGGCUGCAACGGUGCUGAGCCAGAGGAAGAAGAAAAAGAAGAAAAGCAAAAAGCAAAGUGCUGAAGAGGAUUUACUCACUGCAAAGGCUCGUCCCCCACCAGAGGAGGAAUUCAUUGAUAUCUUCCAGAAAUUCAAAUAUUGCUUCAGCCUGCUGGCCCGUCUGAAAUCAACCAUCUCCAACCCUUCAUCAGAGGAGCUGGUUCAUCAUGUAUUCAAACCUCUGGAUAUGAUGGUGAAAACGACAGGGGGACCAGGUCUCGGAGCCUCGGUGAUCAGCCCCGCCCUGACUAGCUCUGCUGUGUCCCUGCUACAAGACAACCUGAAUGAGGAGGAGCGGCAGCUGUGGACGUCUCUGGGCCACAACUGGACACUCCCUCGCUCUCAGCUCAGAGGGCCUGUACCUCCGUACACCCCUGUGUUCUCAGAUGGCUGGAAGCCAGAAGCCUUGAGGGCAGACGGGCAGGUUUGGGAGGAUCCAGUCGAGUCACAACACAAACAUGAAGCCCUCCGAGUAAAACAAGAGCAGCAACAGCCACCACAGCCAUCCGGGCCUCCCGACACCCACGUCAUCAAUGAAACAGACGGCAGCACACUCCCACCAGAGCCCGAGAGACUCUACAGCUGCAGCUACCCCUUCAUCGCCAGGAACAGCAGCGAGCUUUCAGUGCAGCAGGGCGAGACGCUAGAGGUGAUUGAAUCAUCCAAGCGCUGGUGGAAAUGUCGUAAUCGGUUCAACCAGAUCGGCUUUGUUCCCUUCAACAUCCUGGAACCCAUGGCUCACAUAGACAGCCCUGUCACCAACAAACCCCCCAGCGCUCCAGCCCCGCCUCCCCUCGCCAAGACUUUCUCUGCAGUCCCACCCAGCCCUCCUGCUGCUCCACCCCAGACCCCGUCACCCCAGCGCCCACGCAGCUUACCGCCGUACAGCCAACAUAUACCAGCUGCAGAGGACACAGAUAAAGUCAUGUUGGUGAAUGACGAGCUGCUCCAGAGGCUGACCAAUGGAAAGGCCCAUCUGAACAAACCCCUGGUCAUCCCUCGUUCCUCGGACACCUCCGUUCCUCUGAACUACACCUCCCCUCCAGAGGAAGUAGCCGAGUGGCUCAGAGGGAAGGGCUUCAGUGAACCGACGGUGUCAUGUUUGGGAGUGCUGACAGGCCCCCAGCUCUUCUCCCUCAACAAGGAAGAGCUACGAGCUGUGAUUCCAGAUGAGGGCGCCAGAGUGUACAGCCAGCUCACUGUGCAGAAAUCUAUGCUAGAGGAUGCCAGAAGGGCCACAGAGUUGGAGGCAGUCAUGGAAAAGCAGAAAAUGAAGGUUGAUCUGAAACUGGAGAGCAGCACAUUGUGAGGAGCAGGUGUCUACAUCACGAGGAGUGUCGGAUGAGGGGAUUGUGUUCUUCUGGUAGAGCUGUCACUUAACAACGGACUCUUGAAUUUUUAAAUAUAUUUACCAGAGAACAAACACUCGACAGUGACUUCAAACAUGUCUAUGAAGGGCAUCAUGCCAUCAUGGUCAUUAUGACAUAUCUGGUUCAUCUCAAGACCAAAGUAUUUGGCAGUGAUUGAGAAAUGAAGCUUUUAAUUGAAGCAGGACUGUGCUAAUUAGAUAAUUUAACAUUAAAAUUCAUUUCUUUGUAAAAUAUCUUCAAUUUCAUGUGAAGUUUUCUUCACAUCUAAUUUCUGCUUAGGACUAACUUAAACAAGCUGUAUUUAUCUUUUGUUUGUAAAAUACUAAUGUAAUAAUUCAUCCAUGAUUAACACACCGUCCAUGACGAGAAACUCCAGCACGCAAUAAAGGUUCAAAUGUGAUUUUUUUUUAAUUGAGAACUUAAAGAAAGAUUUCCAGCAGAACAUAAACAGAUAUGACUUCACACAUUAGGUAAAGCAAUGCAUCCUUUAAAAUCUGCUUUACAUUUAAUUAUACAUUUAUUCAUGAAGGAAUUUGUCCAAAUUGGGUCAAAAUUUCAAUUUAUGACUAAUAAUAAAAGGUGUGUACAGUUUUAGCAUAAUUUCCAUUGUAUCAUUUCUGAACCUACUGCUUCACAUGCCGACACUAACUCUGCCAUUCUUACCAUUUAUUUUCAGUAUGUUAAAUAACAGAAAUUAUGAUAGAAACAAAUUAUAAAACAAGAGACUUGCCACCAAUUUAAACAAGCAUUUACUUAUACAGGCCAAUCUGACCCGUUUCCCUUCACUACUGGCAGCAUAAAAUAAAACUUGAUCAGUUAAAAAAAAAAAAAAAAAAAGAAAACAGGACAUGUUGA